AUGGAGGACGCAGAUCAGCUUUUUCUCGGUUCUGGGGGCGCAGACGCCUCUCUUGACCGGCCAGUGUCGUCUCAGCACGUUACAACCUCCCGCGGGACACUCCCGACAUCGUCUGCCACAGACCUGCCACCAGACUCGGAGCUGGUCGCUUCCUUGCCCGUCUAUCUGAGCAAGUCCCUGCUCGGCGACUCGUCCCUCCACGUUUUCCAAUACCCGAUCUACCCACGAGAUCGACCGUUGCCCAUACCAUACUCGGCAGCUGCCCGAGGACUCAAAGUAUCGAGCCGAUGGCGACCACGAGCCAACCGUGUGGAGGUCGAAUUGCCGCUCGACGUGCGAGAGGAGGUCUAUAAUGCGGACCGCGGUGUUGAGUUUGGUGCAGGAGCUGAAGUGUUGGCGCAAAAGCAAGCAAGAGCAGAUGCGGCGCAUGGAGGUGCGAGUCCGAGCGAAACAACAGCUUCGAGCAGUCGAACGCGCGUCAAGCAGGAAAAGGAGGAAGCACAAACCAGCAGAGGGCCUAAGAAACUCGAAAAGAUCAAGCUCGAGAGCAGCCAAGUGCCCAACGCCACCGAGUACAUGGUGGGCGUCAUCCGGGAGCAGGCACUCCACCUCACCCGUUUGGAGUCCAUCGUACAGCUGCGACCCUCGAUGAACUACCUCGACGCACUCGACGAGGCACGCGAGGCAGAGAAGCGCAGAGACCGUGCUGCCAUGGCGGGUGAGCUGGGAUCGGACGAGGAGGACGAAGAAGAGUUGAUCGAGAUGGAGGCACCGGGUGAGGGGUCGUCGCGCUCCUCCAAAGCGGCGAGGAAGGACGUCAAGAAACCGACAGCCCAGACGCUCAGUGUUGCGCUCCGCACCGACCCUAACGCUAAGAAGGGCGGCGGUGGCAUGAGCAUGGGUGGCGGGAGUAGCGAAGCACGCGAUCUGCUCAUGGCAGCACAGAGAGAAGCAGACGCCGAGCGCUGGAUUGAUCUCGAAUGGAGGGAUGAGAACUCGCAUGAAGUUCAACAGAUCUUUGACGCCCAGUUGUUCGCUGGCAGCAAGACGCCGUUGACGUGCAAGACCAAGCCAAGAGACUACCUCCUGCACGCUCUUCCUUGA